AUGGAAAAUAGAAAGAAAAAAUAUCCAGAGUUGGAUAUCAUAGAUAUUAGAGACAUUCUGCGGGUGCCUAGCAUAGAACAAAUGAGAGAUGUUUACAUUGUGCAGUGUUUAAUGGAGACUGAUUUAUACAAAUUGUUGAAAACACAAAGAUUGAGUAACGAUCACAUCUGCUAUUUCUUGUAUCAGAUAUUGCGCGGUCUCAAGUACAUACAUUCGGCAAAUGUACUGCACAGAGACUUGAAGCCAAGCAAUUUACUGUUAAAUACGACAUGUGAUUUAAAGAUUUGUGAUUUUGGUCUCGCACGUGUCGCUGAUCCAGAGCACGACCACACGGGAUUCUUAACAGAAUAUGUUGCAACAAGAUGGUAUCGUGCACCAGAAAUCAUGCUCAAUUCCAAGGGAUAUACAAAGUCCAUUGACAUCUGGUCAGUCGGUUGCAUUCUCGCUGAAAUGCUCAGCAAUCGUCCAAUUUUUCCCGGCAAACAUUACUUGGAUCAAUUGAAUCAUAUUUUGGGUGUUUUGGGUUCACCAUCGCAGGAAGAUUUGGAUUGCAUAGUGAAUGAGAAAGCUCGCAGUUAUCUGCAAUCGCUACCAUUUAAACCGAAAGUCCCAUGGAACAAACUCUUCCCACAAGCUGAUCAGAAAGCUCUUGAUUUGCUAGGAAAAAUGCUCACGUUUAAUCCUUAUAAACGAAUAUCGGUUGAAGAAGCCUUGGCACAUCCAUAUUUGGAGCAAUACUACGACCCAGCUGACGAACCUGUUGCUGAAGAACCUUUUCGUAUUGCAAUGGAACUCGACGAUUUACCGAAAGAGACACUCAAGAAACUUAUUUACGAUGAAACGCUUCGCUUUGCUGAUUCUAAUCACGAACCGGAAGCUUAAAGUCAUCCACUCUUGCAUCGAUCUCACUUCAAACAUCGAAUGUUGUAGAGUUUUGGGAUGUUGUAACAAUUUUCACUCCCAUCAGACGUGUUUUUUACAUUCUUUGGUAUCUGGAUGUUUUAUUUACAUUUUUCAUUUUAAGUUUUCGUUUUCAUUUCAUUCUUUACGGAGAAUUUUCAAUUUUUAAAAACUUCAAAUGUUAAAGUCGACAUCUUUAAAAUGUUAUUUCAAAAAAUAAUCCCCCGCCCCCACCUGCUUCAUCACUGAUUGUUCUUGAAUGUUUCGCAACAAACUUUUAACUUUCUUUUUCAAGAUCUUCAAUUCAUCACUCAUAUAUCGAUGAAGAUAAGAAUGAAAGUAAAAAGUUUUGUCAAAAGAAAAACUAAAAUAAUAAUAAAAGAUUUUAUUCGUGAUUCAAGAUUAGAUGUAAAAAAAUGCAGGGAUUUGCGUAACAAAUUGAAAGAAUAAAAAAUAAAAAGAAAAGUUGACAACAUUUAAUUAACGAUGACUUUGAAACAUUUCAUAAGAAAGACAAAUUUAACGACAUCUACAAAACAUCGUCAAAUGAAAGUUUUUCUUAUUAUUUUCUACUCUUUCAAAGGUUGUAGAUUUUAAUUAAUUUGAUGCUUCAAAACGUUCUUCUUAAAUUGAAAAUUAAAUAAGAAGAGAAUAAAAAUUUCUUUUUGUGUAGAUUUUAAUAAAAAAAAAAAUAAUUAAUGAGAAAAAAUGAAAAUUUCGCACAUAAAUCGCCCACAUACACAUAUUAAAUGUUUGUUAUGAAAGCAAUUUAAUUUUUGACUAUAUCAUGUUGAAAUGUUACAUUUGUGCGACAUUGUCCCCAAUAAACAAUUUACAUUCUUAAAAGCUUCUUGUCACAACAUUAAAAGAUGUCGUUAUAGCGAUGUUCAAAUUAAGAUGACCGAAAAAUCAAAAAAUCUUUCAGUCGCAAUUGAUACUUGAAAGAUUCUGAAACUUGUUACAUAAAUCAAGUGUUAAAAAAUUAUUUUUUUCUGAAUGUUUUAUUCAUACUUCAUCAAUUGCCAUCAUUAUUGAGAGCUUAU